AUGUCAACAUGGCAACAUGCUGCACCAGCUCCACCACCAGGUUUCUUAAACUGAAAUCAGUUCCUCAAAGGGUUGCUCACUAACAAUAAUCAGUAUUUAAAGCAGAAAUUCCAUCAAAGUGACAGAUGAGUCUUUGACCAACAAGCCUCCAGAGAAUUUCGUCAUAUUAGUCACGAUUCUGCACUGCAAUAUACUCCCACAUGCUAAGAUGCUUAGAUCUGUGAGAUAUGGUAACACAGUCUACAGUGACAAGCUGUUCUCGCUGAACCACACCCCCUGCCAACCACAACUAGUCAAGACCUAAGAUAGUAUUGAAAUAAUAUCACUUAUUUCCAAAUAAAAUAGAAAUUAAAUAAUUUUCUCUGAAAACGUGGUUUCAGAUCUUAAAAAGUGCCCUGUGGAGUUUUCUUGUAAACAAGUUUACAAGCUUACAGUCAGUGUUACUCACCAAAAUGCAUUGUGUUUAUCUUUGAGGUCUAACAAAUGUGUUUCCUUCCUCCUAAAACAUCUGCAAAGUCAGAUUUAAAUCUUGUAUUGUCUACAUCCAUAUUUGCUUGCUAGCAGGCUUCUUCACUACCUUUGUUGACCCAUUGUUACGUUUUUUUGGGCCGUUACCGCCAUCAACUGUUGAUUAGCGGAAUGGCGUGAAACUAACAUCAGGAUGUGAAUUAUGCCGCCUGCGUGUUUAUUUAUUUGCACAAAAAAGUGUAUACAAAGACAUUCACGUACAUAUAUACAGACACACUUACACCUGCUCAGAUAUACAUAUACAUAACAAAAUUCUGUGCAGCAGAGUUAGGAAGUUAAAAGCUUAGAAGCUUACAAAGACCUCUCUUGAAAACUCAAGGCAAGAUCAACAGGAUUACAUUAAGUAAAAAUUAUAAGGCUACUACAAAAUAAAACUGCAAAUAAGAACAAAAUGUGAACCCACUCAUAAAAACAUUGCUCUAUAGCGCUACUAGUGGUCAGAAACUCCACAUGAUACCUUUAAGUAUUUCUUUAUAACAUUGAAAAUUUGUGGAGAAAAAAAACGUUCUUAGUUUUUAUUUGUUAAGAGUUAAGAACACUCAAAAACUCUGCUAAUCUGUUUAUGAGGAUUGUGAGGGUGUUGCUAAAUUUUGAUUGGUGAACGGAAACACAUGAAAUCACCUUUUUCUUUCUUUUUGCCUGUGAUAAUAUCUUGAAAUUCACUAGCCUCGGGACAAUGAAAAUGUUUAGACAUUUAAAAUAAAGACUCAAUACCAGGCUAAAAAAUGUAUGGUCAGUAGACCUUCACACCUAAGCUGAGCAAAAGGCCUUAAACCAGAUGAGUUCUCAACACAUCCUAUUUCAAGUGACUAACAACAACAUAAACCAGCAUAGUAAUGAAAGUGUGAUUUUUCCAUUGAAGUUGAAGAGGAGCAAGUUACUCUAUUUCAGAGAUCAAUUGCAGGGCAGAAGCGAGAGUGGGAGGACAUCUUAUUGCACCGUGUCACUGACUGAUUACUCCAGCUGUGAAGAUUUACAGUCAUAUUAAUCCUACAAUAAAGCUGACCAGCUCCUCUCACUCCUUCUAUGCUCUCUCUUUGUUUUGAAAUGGUAAUGUACAUCACUGCAGGUGGUCCCCACGGUGUGUGUUGCAUGUAAAACACAAUGUUCACCAGAUCUCAGAUAUCAGUCUUCUUUUGAAAUUAAAUUGCCAUAUAUAAAGCAUUUAAAUCAUACAUACUGGGUACUAAUAUCAAACACAGUUUGCGUGGUGUCAUUCACUUGAGUCCAUAACCUCAAGUUGUCAAUGAAGAAAUCUGAUGGGAAACACCUUUUAUAUGUGUCACAUACUGAAAGAGGGGACAAUGUAUCUUAUAUAUUUCACUGUCUGAAAUGCCAUGCAUGAGUGAGUAAUAUCAGGAGUAUUAUGCUAUUAAGAGGCCUUGUGAUGUAUUAAAGGGACCUACACUUGAGGAGACCUUUAUAUAACAAAUGUCACAAUAUAUCAUUAAAUAAUGUAUCUUUCACAGAGAAGCGAAAUUCAGUUUUCAGUGACUUAUGUAUGACACUGAGUAGCAUUCUUCUGCUUUAUAUGUUAUAUGCUUCUGGUUUUAGAAAGUGUUGUUUGAAUGAUGAAGCUAUCCUUGGUCCUGAAUGGGGGCUGUCCCUGGUUCUGAAUGGGAACUGUCCCUGGACCUGAAUGGGAACUGUCCCUGGACAUGAAUGGGGGCUGUCCCUGGUCCUGAACGGGAACUGCCCGUGGUCCUGAACUAGCAAUCUUACAGACCUGCCAUGAAACAUGUCUUCAAUUCUAAAAAUGUUUUUAAUUGGCUGGCAAAGUGUUAAUUUAAGGCGUACUGUGGUCAAUAAUCAUGUGAAGGGUAAAAACACUUCAACUGCAUGUAAAACACACAAAAGACUGCAUGAAAAAAAGUGUUUCCUUUGUUACUGUGGUCGUGAUGUCUCGUGUUCACCGACAGGAGGUCACAUUUACCAACUUUAUUUUUUAUUUUUUAUUUCUACAUCACUGCAUCACAGCCAAUGGGAUACUUCACAGCAAACCAAAAUGUCAACGGGAUGACGUUGUUGCUGGCGUAGGGCUGCAGUUUGAUGUCUCCUACUAAAUGAACGCAGUGGGAAUGGACGAGCAAGACACACUGCUGGUCAGACAGUGCGCACUGCUGACCUCCGCACACAUUAUCAAUUUAACAGGAUUUCUUAUACAUUUUUUAUUUGUAACGAUUUUUGCCUGUUUGUUUUUUCUUUGUAGAAAUACGUGUUGGUUGAUCUCUCUAACUGUAUUCUUUAUUAAAGGACACGAGUGGUCCCAGAGGACACAGCAUGCUGCCGUCCCUGAAGACCCUGCUGCUGCUCUCGGUCCUGUGCACACCGACCUCCAGCCUGUGCCUCCGCCUCUACCAGACCCGCACCAACCUCCUGUGCGACGACCAGAUCGCAAUCGGGGUCCGGAGCGACGAGGACGAGCCGGGUUACUCCCCCAUGGAAGGCUGGGGGUCCCUCCUGCAGUCCGCGGAGUAUCUCACCUCCUCCUCCUCUUCCUCCUCCUCCUCUUCUGCCGAGUCCAGCCGGGAAAAAAGGACUUCAAGUCCCGCAAACUACCGCUUCAUGAGCCGGACGAAGCUCAGAGGGCAGAUGCUCCGCAACAGCAGCAAAGGGGACCGGAGGAGCAGGCUGACCCUGUCCCUGGACGUCCCGACCAACAUCAUGAACGUCCUCUUUGAUGUGGCCAAGGCCAAAAACCUGCGAGCCAAGGCGGCCGAGAACGCGCGCAUGCUGGCUCAGAUUGGACGGAGAAAGUGAACAUGUUGGACAAACUUAGAUCUAACAGACAGCCAUGACCAGUGUUGGCCUCCUCGUUACUCAAAUGUAAUGACUUACUUCUUAUUCACUUUUAAAGUAAUUGUAUUGAUUUGUUUCUCAAGGGGAAGGGUAGGCCUAUUUUCUUUCUACUCACAUUACAGGUAAAAGAAGCAUUUCUAAUAUAAUUUGGUUGCUCUCAUGUGAAAGGUCCAUGGAAUCAAAAUCUCUUUUUCUUGUUGUUGUUGCUCCAAUCAAAACACAGGGGAAACCUCCAUUAGGGACAAUAAAUGUGAACUAAUGAAACUUUGUGACGAAAAGUUGGAUGAUGAUUCUUGAUUUUUUGUUUUUGCACAACUCAGCUUCAAACUCAUAAAUGACACAUAUGGCUGAUAAAUUUAAUAAAACUGCAGUUUGAGUUAAAAUCAUGCCUUCGUGGUGAGAAUAAUCCAUGUGUUUCUUGUGCACUAUCAGACAUUUUGUAGCAACAGUGUCACUAUCUUAAAUCAAGACAGCAGGUCAAAGUCAUGAACAAUAAGGACAAAGUUAUGUUACUUGUAUCAAGAUGAUUGGUCAUUUCAGGCAAGAAAACAUGUUUUGCAUUGGAAACAGGUGAAAUUGUCUCACUCUUUGGCCCUUAGGUUUUCUUUUUCAGUAAAAUUAAUGUUGAAUGUGCUUAGUUUGCCCCAGACUCAUCAAAUUUUAAAUCUUGAACUAAAGAGAAGAACAAAGCAGUUGUGAUGAUCAAUUCUUACAUCCUUAGCAAAAGACCAAUGACAUGUUUUGUAAUUCUAUUGCAUAAUCAUAACAUUUGAUUUGAUAUUAUGAUGUUUUUUCUCUCUUUGCUGCUUAAUGUAUUUAUCUACUAAGAGGUUUGCUGUUCAGAAGUUCACAUGGAGCCUAUAAUGAUUCCAGAUUCUAGCGUGAAACAUGGACAGAGGCAAAAACACAACACUGACACUGAAACACUGUACUAACCAACUGCAAGAUCAUGAAAUACAGUAAAAUGCAGAUGCAUGGGAAUGUAUGUGUUCAUCAGAUGUCUGUUAUUUUUAUACUCAAAAUUAUUUUUCCUCAAAUAAAGCAGAUGUAACUAA